AUGGCGUCUACGGAAGAGGACUGGAAAGCGAAGGUCGCUCGAAAGCAAGCAUCACUACAGGCAAAAGUUCCUAAAGAAUGGCGCCUGCCAGAAUCAAUCACAUCCCUGCUCAAAUUACCCCUGGCAGAGCACCCCAACCGCCUCAUCGACCUCGACAUCCCACGACGCUCCGGUCUGCUCAGCGAGCGCGAGCUACAGAUCACGGAGAAGUACACAGUGAGAUCGCUCCUGAUAGCGCUACGCUCAGGAGAAAUAUCUGCCGUUGAAGUGACGACCGCCUUCUGUAAGCGGGCCUGCGUUGCUGGGCAGCUUACCAACUGUUUGACUGAGACAUACUACGAUGAGGCGUUGAGUCGAGCGAGGGAGCUGGAUCUCGCGAGAGAAAGAGGUGACGCACUCGGUCCUCUGCACGGACUCCCUAUCUCCCUCAAGGAUUCCUUCCAAAUCGCCGGCUCCGAGGCAACGAUCGGCUACGUCUCCUAUCUCGAUCGCAAGUCAGAAGAGAACUCCGCGCUGGUCGACUUAUUGCUCCAGCAAGGCGCCAUCCUCUAUGUCAAGACCAACGUCCCCCAGACGAUGAUGACAGCAGAUUCGGAGAACAACAUUUUCGGGCGGACGCUGAACCCACACAACACGCUCCUUACGGCAGGAGGCUCGACUGGUGGCGAAGGAGCGCUUGUGGCGUUUCGUGGCUCAAUACUGGGAGUUGGCACUGACGUCGCUGGCUCAAUUCGAAUCCCUGCGCUAUGCGAUGGGUUGUACGGGUUCAAGCCGACAACAUCACGUGUGCCGUAUGGAGGACAGGCUCGUGCGGGUGAUGCUGGCAACUCGUUCUUCCUUGCGGCUGCGGGACCAUUGGCAAACGAUCUUGAGGGCAUCGCUGACUGGAUGGAGGUGGUCAUCGGUGCUCGACCCGCUAGGUUUGAUGCGGCGGCUCUGGAUGUGCCAUGGCGGCAGCUACAGCCAAAGCAACAGCUCAGGAUCGGCGUUCUGGAGCCUGAUCCAUUCUUUCCACUACAGCCGCCCGUACAGCGGACCUUGCAUGAGGCUGUAGCUCGUCUCCAAUCACAAGGUCACACGCUGGUCACACUUCGAGCGGACAAAACAAGGAUAGCAGAGGCUACUGUAGUGUCAUGGGCAAUGUUCGGUCUGAUGAGCGACGGAUUCGCUCGACUGAGAGCCAGUGGAGAGCCUUUCAUUCAGUCUCUGCAGGCUGGUGGAGCACUCGCUUCAAAGCUGGCGCAGCAAGCGAUACCGCGACCGCAAUAUGACAGCUCGAUGACCGACCUUCAGCGUCUUGCUGCAGUGACGGUCCAUCGAGAUGCGCUCAAGGAAAGCUGGCGCAAGUUGUGGAAUCUACACAAUCUCGAUGUGGUGAUCGCACCAGCAGCGCAAUGCACGGCGCCUCUCCACGACACUUUCUCUCUCCCCGCAUACACCGUGCUCCUGAAUUGUCUGGACUAUCCGGCGUGUGUGAUCCCCUUUGGGCAAGGCUCCAGGGAUAAGGACGGCCAGCCCUUCGUGGUGAAGCCGGAGCAAUUCUGUCCAGAGUACGACGUCGAUGCCGCAGAUGGGGCGCCAUGUGUCAUUCAGGUUUUCGCGAACCGAAUGCAGGACGAGGAGUGCCUGCGAGCUGCGAAGGUCAUUGAUGCCUGUCUCAAAGGCUGA